AUGCCUUCCAGGCCACGUGAGGAAAGUGACCAAGAUCCACUGGAAGACGAGGUCCAGAGACUCAGCGCAUUUCUGGCUCGCACCGGCUUGGCGCCAGCGGCGCCUGUCGUGUCCAAUGCGGAAAUGGUUGCCGUGACUCCGUCAGCUGCUGACAGUGAGCAGGUGGACAGCAUGCGGGUGGAUAUCCUCGACAUUCACGUGCAUGUUGGUGAUCACUGUUUAGCGAGCGUCAUCUUGUGGAAUGAGGGCUUGCCGAUUAGGCAUUUCUUGGCGAGUGUGCGCUCCUUCAAGCCAAGUGCGCAAGCCGUGGCAUGGACCACCAAGCGCUUGGGGCAUUACGUGGCUCAGAAAUGGAUGAAGCAUGAAUUCAAGUUGAAGGAUGGCUCUGGCACUGUGGUGCCUCCUGUGUCUGCCCUUAGUGAGGAUGACAUUGAGCAACUCAAGGGCGUCCCUGGUGUAUAUGAAGCGUACAAGGGGGCCCAGAAUUUGAGCUUCAAAGUCUGCGCUGUGUCUGGCUCAGACAUCGUCAUUUCCCCUACAGCAUUGGCCGAGUUUAGCGCAGCGCCCCCCAGUGUGAAAGCUGACCUGGAGGAGUUGGUUGCACACCAUGGUCGCUCUUAUGCUGAGAUGCUCAAAGGUCGUUUGACGCCGCUCCCACAUGUUGCCCCUGCAGAGCGAGGCGGAGGUCAGGUGGGCAUGGACGACCCUCGGGUUGACCCAACAGAUGAGACCCCUCUUCCUUCGACUGUGGCCGAGGAACUUCCUUCGAUCGAGAGUGAACAGGCGUUGCGCACAAGUCACGUCAUCACGGUGGAUUGCAAGUCCUUUGAUGAGAAAAAGGUCAUUUUGCUGAUUUCCAACAAGGGGGACGUAUUUCUGUGCUGCAAGGACUGGGCCUGCAAGUCAGCACUGCGCAAGGAUCUCAUGGAGGUCUCCACCAGCACAGCUGACACAGAGGACAGCAACAGCAAGCUCAAGAAGGGCACCUUUUACAUGAUUGCGAAGGACUUGUUGAAGGCCACAGCAGCGCAGAAGCCGCUGCUGAUUGUGAAUCGUGACUUGAAGCUUGAAGCCGGCAAGCCUGAUUCGCAGAAGAAGAUGUCUCUGGCGCUGUCAGCGCGUGCCAUGCAUUGGCAAUUGCGCCCAGACGAUGAUGAUGGCCCAGCUCAGAGCGUGGAAGAGCUGAGUGCCAGCGAUGGCCCUGUCAAGCGCCCUGCAGAAGUGGCCAAGAAGAACGAUGUAAAGACCGCUUUUGGCACUACUGCCGUGACAGUGGAACAGACACAGAGCAUUCCGAACAGCCACCUGCUCGUGGGGGACGGGGUCGCGCCCGCGCGCAAAGCAGAGGACGCGGUGCCAGAGGGCAAGCACAGGAAGACAGGUGAUUUGGCAGCCUUGGCGAACCCCUUGCAGUGCGAGCUGGCCUGCAAGGCAAUAGAAUGUGAUGAUAUCUCGGCCCUGUCGCCAACGCCAAGGAGUGUUGUGGACGAGGCAGGGCGCAGUGGAUCUUCGUUUGUGGAGUUCGUAGCCUACCUGGCCCGCUUGGCGCUUGACAGUAGGCCCAAGUUCAUCCUUGUGGAAUGUGUGGCGAAUUUAGCAAAGCUUCGAAAGGCAGUGCAGGAGCAAGGAACAGUCGUGGUCAGCGAGAAGCUGAAGAGUCUAGGCUACCAGGGCAAAUGGCAAGUCCUGAACAGCAAGCACUUUGGAGUCGCGCAGAACCGCACUCGCGCUUGGGGAAUCUUUGCCAAGUUGAGCUCAUGCUCCGCUCAGAAGGUUGAGGACGCCUGGAAGCUGAUUUCCCGUUGCCAUGUCAUGCCAGAGCCCCUUAUUAUUGUCCUGGAACGAUGCAAUGUGGCAAAAAUGGCAGGCCAGGCUGUGCAAAAGGGUGCCAAGGGUGCCAAGUCCAGCAAAUGGAAGCAAGAGCAUGAGCAGUUCAGGGAGCAGAAGCAGAUCGAGAAGCAUGAGCUUGAAGGCCUUGCGCUGCGAGAGAAGCUCUUGACAUUGAAGUUGACAGAUCGGGAGGUGGACGUGAGUUUGCUGAAGUUGGCAGUGUUCAACAGGAAGAAGCCUUUGCGUCAGCAGGCCGCAGUGGUGGGCAGCGUUGGCGACUCGAUACGGUUCCUCCAGUUCCACAGCUGUAUGGGAGAAGAGGAGCUUGCCAUGGUGAACCUCCGGGACCACUUGUCAGUCAGUGAGGCGCAGGAGCUCUGUGGGAACGCGUUCACGGGUAACAUCGUGAUUGCCGCGCUGGUGGCCAUUCUCCUGCAAAUGGACUGA